ACAACUGGAUCUCCAGAGAGAGGCUAUCAGAGUGUUUUAACCACCUCUGAGAAUGACACAUUGAACAACACUAUCAUCUAUCGUUGCACUGCUACAACAUUGGGUUACUACAGCUUCAGUGACACCACCAUACUUGUCGAAGCAGUUUUUAGCAGUCAGGGUGGUUUUGUCACCACAAGUACCAGCGUUGCAACCAAUAUCCAGACUAUCAGCAGCACUUUCAUUACCAACCCAAGGACUGAUAUUAUUUCAACAGAAAGUCUGACUAAUAGUUACGUCAUGAUGACAAUGUCAACAGAAAGCCAAGCUCAAUCUACUACUAAACAGGCUUCUGGCAUUACCACGACAUCGACUGCUACCACUGUUGCAACAAAUCAAACAGUAAAUGCUAGCAUCGCAACAACUAACGUCUACUCUAUAACUUUAACGACAUUGACUGCUGCCUCAUCUGCCAUGAUAAAGAGUUAUUGUAUCGUAAUGUCCACAAGAGCCAACACUUUGAAAAUUACUAAGAGAACCAGCACUAACAUGGAACUCACCACAAGCACAGCAGCCACUAUGACACCCACUAUCAUGACAAAAAGAGCAAACGCACCUACGACAACAGCCACAGCUAUAGUGUCAACUACCACCAGUGGUACUAGCAGGACCACAAUGGUACCCAGUGAGACCACAAUGGUACCCAGUGAGACCACAAUGGAACCCACAAUAACACCAAGCGAGACCAUAAUGGCACCCAGUGAGACCACAAUGGCACCAACAGUGAAACCUACUGGCACCGACACUACUGCAACUUACGGUGUGCCUGUACCUUCACCAAUAGAUCCAGAUUUGGAAGGAGGUGGAGGUAUGAAACAAAUUCUGAUUUCAACUGGUACUGCUGUGCUUGUGCUCGUGACUUUUGUCUUCAUCUGCAGCAUCAUUCUGUAUAAAAGGAAGGACAAGACAAAGAGGAAGUCACAGAGUAAGUACCAGAAGUCAUCCUCCAAGAGAUUGGAGCGGUUAGAGAGACAUGAACUGAGGGAAAGGGGCUGGAGAGACGAUGAUGGCAGUGAUUAUAUGUGGCCUUUGUUUACUGCUGAGAUUCCAGUGAGGAGUGAUAUUCCAGUCAGUGAGUUUCCAGACUAUGUCAUUGAUAUGACAGUGGAAAACCAGCACGACACCUCCAAGUUAGCUAUUGAAUAUCAGGUUGGUAGUAUAUACACAAGGGAUCGUGGUGUAAAACGGUCGUUUAAUGAGUUCAAAUUCUGCAGCAACUCAGUAGUGUUCCUACAUUGUCCUACGAAGUGGCCUGUCUUCCCCAGAACACAAACCUCAAUAGAUUCAGGAACAUUUACCCAUAUGAUGAUUCGAGAGUGCCUCUGAAGGAGAUACCUGGAGAACUGGGAUCCGAUUACAUCAAUGCCUCUUUUGUUUCAGGUUAUUGUGGAAAUAGAUACAUAGCAGCACAAGCUCCACUGAAUGAGACAAUUGAUCAUUUCUGGAGGAUGGUGUGGGAGUAUGAGAUUGAAGCCAUUGUCAUGUUGACCAAAUGUGUGGAGAUGACAAGAGAGAAGAGUGCCCAGUACUGGCCUGAGUCACUGAGUGAGACCAUCACUCCUGGAGACAGACUCAGUGUCACUCUCUCUUCAUCCACACCUUAUGCCGAGUACCACGUCCGCAAACUUCUAGUCAAACAUCUGACGGAGUCCGACAAGUCAGUGACAGUGACUCAGUUCCACUACACAGCCUGGCCAGAUCACGGAGUUCCAGACAAUGUCAUGUCUGUCAUACGGUUCAUUCGUCAUGUCCGUAAACUGUUCCCUGCUGCCUCCCAAGACCAGCCACUGCUGGUACACUGCAGUGCAGGUGUGGGCCGCACCGGGACUUUCAUCACUCUGGAUAUGAUGAUGCAGCAGAUGAAGGCUGAGGCCACCCUCAGUGUCUGCCAGUGUGUCAGAAAUCUGAGAACACAACGUAUGAAGAUGGUGCAGACUCCGAUUCAGUAUGAGUUCAUUCACCAAGCUCUGAGUGAGCUGGUGGUGUGUGGAGAGACAGAGGUGACUGCCUCCAGUCUCAGGUCCUUCACUGAGUCUCUCAGGGACCCAGUCACUGACUCUGGACCCACUCUCUCACUACAACACCUGAAGGUUCUGGAUGAUCUGAGUCACCAGCAAAGGUGUGACUUCACGGGAGCCAAGGCUGAGGCAAAACAUCAGCAAAAACAGAUUCCCAGAUAAACUGCCAAAUGAUAGUUUAUCGUGUGCCACUGAUGAGUAGCUCUGGCUCUGAGUACAUCAAUGCAUCCUUUCAUCAAUGGCUAUAAGCAGAGAGAUGCCUACAUAGCAACUCAGGGUCCACUGAAGGGAACAGUGGAGGACUUCUGGAGGAUGAUGUGGGAGUACCAGUGUGGCUGUAUCGUGAUGCUGUGUCAGCUGGAGGAAGAUGGCCAGGAGAGCAGCUACCCCUACUGGCCAGGUGAGGAGGGAGAGGAGAUGGUGUGUGGGAGACUCUCUGUCAGACUAGUCAAGGUCAGAGGUCACGGUGACAUCGUGGAGAGGAGGAUGGAAGUCAAGGAGACAUAAGUCAGUUUCAUCCUGACAUACUCGUUGUCAAGAUGAUACAGCUAACGAGCUGGCCAUUAGAGGGGCUCCCCCACCCUACUGCCAUUAUCUCACUCAUUGAUAAGCUCAAACAUGUUCUGAUGUCCACCUCCUCCAAACAGACUGUGGUCAUGUGCAGAUUGUGUCCUCCCUCCCACUCAGUGAUGGGGUAGUUCGGAGUGGGACAUUCCUGGUCAUCCACUCUCAGUUGGAACGUCUGAAGACAGAAGGUGUGGUGGAUGUCUUCCAGGCCAUCAAGUCUGCUCGCAUACACAGACCUGGAGUCAUACCCAACACUGAUCACUAUGUCUUCUGUUAUGAAGUACUGGCUGACUUUGUGGAGAGGAUGGAAGCAUACCACAACUUCAAGACUCUUAUGUAGCUAAUGAACAUACUGACAUGAAUUUAUAUUUGGUAGAUAAUUAUGUCAAUGUCAUGUGCAAAACUUUAUAUUUAAGUGUAGCAGCAUAUCUGUAUUGAUAAAUUAUUCAUUGAUACUGGGAUGAUUGCCUUUGGACUAGAAUGCAAUAUGCAGUGAAACAGUAGCC